AUGGCAGACUCCGCGCUUGUCGACCACUCCCCCCACCAUCCCACCAAGGCUGCACGACUCGAGACCGCUUCGAAUGUCAUUCUCAUUGACAACUACGAUUCUUUCACCUGGAACGUUUACCAAUACUUGGUUCUAGAGGGUGCGACAGUGACGGUCUUUCGCAACGAUGAGGUUUCACUUGACCAGUUGAUUGCCAAAAAGCCUACCCAGCUGGUGGUUAGCCCUGGCCCGGGCCACCCGGAGAGGGACGCCGGUAUUAGCAACGCUGCGAUCCAGCACUUUGGCGGAAAGAUACCUAUUUUUGGAGUAUGCAUGGGACAACAAUGUAUCAUACACUCGUUCGGAGGUAAAGUCGACGUUACCGGGGAGAUUCUGCACGGCAAGACAUCUGCCUUAAAACACGACGGAAAAGGUGCCUAUGAAGGUCUCCCUUCUUCGGUUGUCAUUACCAGAUAUCACUCCUUGGCAGGCACACACUCCACUGUACCUGGGUGCUUGGAAGUGAGUUCCUUUGCCGAAUUGGGUGAGGAUGCCAACAAGACUGUCAUCAUGGGCGUGCGACACAAACAGUUUGCGGUGGAAGGCGUCCAAUUUCACCCCGAGAGUAUAUUGACAGAGCAUGGCCAAACUAUGUUUAGGAACUUCCUUAAGUUAACCGCUGGGACCUGGGAGGGCAAUGGUAAGGACGUUUCUCAGGGGAGCAAUUUCGCCGCCGCGGCCCCGCCCCCGAAGACGGAUAAGAAAGUGUCAAUCUUGGAGAAGAUAUACGACCACCGAAAAGCAGCUGUUGCUAUUCAGAAGACCGUUCCGUCUCAGCGACCUUCAGACCUUCAGGCGGCCUACGAUCUCAAUGUUGCUCCACCGCAGAUCUCGUUUCCUGACCGACUUCGACAAUCCGCAUAUCCUUUGUCUUUGAUGGCAGAAAUCAAGCGCGCUUCUCCGUCGAAGGGCAUGAUAGCAGAGUAUGCAUGCGCUCCUGCGCAAGCUCGACAAUAUGCCAAGGCUGGGGCUAGUGUCAUCUCAGUGCUCACUGAGCCUGAAUGGUUCAAGGGGAGUAUCGAUGACCUACGUGCUGUGCGUGCAAGUCUGGAAGGAUUGACCCACAGGCCUGCUAUUCUGCGAAAGGAAUUUGUUUUUGAUGAAUACCAGAUCUUGGAAGCUCGCUUGGCUGGUGCAGAUACUGUACUACUCAUCGUGAAGAUGCUUGACACCGACCUAUUGACAAGACUAUAUCGCUACUCCCAAAGCCUCGGAAUGGAACCCCUUGUCGAGGUUAAUACGCCAGAAGAAAUGAAGAUAGCAGUUGAUCUUGGUUCCCAGGUCAUUGGCGUCAACAACAGGGACUUAACAAGCUUUGAGGUUGAUCUUGGAACCACCAGCCGGCUCAUGGACCAGGUACCUGAGAGCACUAUUGUCUGCGCACUUAGCGGUAUCUCCGGACCGAGAGACGUGGAAGCCUAUAAAAAGGAUGGCGUGAAAGCCAUCCUUGUUGGUGAGGCUCUUAUGCGUGCAUCGGACACUGCCGCAUUUGUGGCCGAGCUUCUGGGAGGUAACUCGAAGAAGCCCUCUCUACAAUCCCAAAAUUCUCCGCUAGUCAAAAUCUGUGGCACAAGGACCGAAGAUGGUGCUCGCACCGCUAUUGAAGCGGGCGCAGACCUGGUGGGCAUCAUUCUCGUCCAGGGCCGAAAACGCACCGUGCCCGAUGAUAUUGCUUUGCGAAUUUCGAGGGUGGUGAAUUCGACCCCACGGCCCACUCCCUACUUAAACGAUGUGCCGCAAGGCGAAACCGACUCAACUUCUGUUGACUAUUUCGAUCACUCUGCUCACACUUUACGACACCCGACUCGUGCUUUGCUAGUGGGCGUCUUUCUCAACCAGCCAUUAUCAUAUGUUUUGGCUCAACAGCAAAAGCUGGGGCUUGACAUCGUACAGCUGCACGGCUCUGAGCCACUCGAAUGGUCUAGGUUGAUCCCAGUUCCCGUCAUUCGCAAGUUCGGCCUUGACGAUUUCGGAAUCGCUCGGAGAGCAUACCACACGUUGCCGUUGCUUGAUUCUGGAGCAGGAGGCUCUGGGGAAAUCUUAGAUCAAUCCCGCGUUAAACAGAUCCUAGAAUCUGAUGACGGAUUGCGGGUUAUUUUAGCAGGUGGCUUAGAUCCAAAUAAUGUUACUGACAUCAUCCAACAGCUCAGCGAGUUAAGGCAUAAGGUGGUUGGCGUGGAUGUCAGCUCAGGUGUCGAGUCAAAUGGCGCUCAGGACCUGGACAAAAUCCGCGCCUUUGUCCAAGCAGUGAAAGGUCUUUCGCAGUGA